AUGGGCCGCCACUUGAGAGUUGGCGCUGUCGCUUGUUCGGUAAUUCGCGUCCGGAGCGGUCUUCCAGUUUCUCCAACGUAGUCACUUUGCCCGUAACUGUACCGGAUCCGGUAAACGACUCCAAACAUUGAAUUCCCGGGGAGCAUGAUGUCACCCGCUUUUAUUGAAAACUACCCAUAGGAUGGACGAAAAGAAGAUUAUACUACAUGGCGUCUGCUUCAGUAAAAAAAGUCGCAUGUUAUUCACCAGUAUGUCCCCUCCGCGUAUUGAUUUGUAUCACUCAGAAGUCUCAAAGAUCAAGCGUCGCCCAUACCGCGUACCUUUAGUUAUUUAUACAUUUUUGCACGUCUUCAGCUAUUGCUUUUUCAUUUUAGGUUUUUCUUUCGAUACAUAAUCAAAUUUAAUUAACAGUCAUAAAGUAAAAGGAGCCAAAUGAAGCUUUUACCCUGCACAACUGGUCCAUUUUAGUAAUGUGCGAAGAUAUACCGAGUACCGAAAGCAAUUAUUAUUAAAUGGAGUUCUCUCGUACAAGCAGCAAAGAAGACGCCACUUUUAUCUAUUGUGAUUCGACCACUUUUUAUUUUAACUAAUCUACAUAAUCGAACCAGUGAAGCGGUAGGAGCCCUAACUGACUGUUUUCAUGUCUGAAGAUUUGCCGUCAUCUUAAGUAACUUGACGUAAAGAAUUCUUAUUAACCAACCUUCUUUCAAAAUAAGGGGAACCAAAGUACAAUUUUUAGUAGUAUACAAAUGUGUAUCUAGAAAGCCAAGCAAGCAUGCUUUGAGCAUCUUUUUGCACAGCCUUUUCGAAGUACCCUUUUGAGAACGUCCGUGCGCACCAUACUAGUUAGUGGAUGCAUCAGUUUCAAGGUUUAUCCAAAGGUCGCAGAUUGCAUAAGCGGCUUAUCAGCAACUGUAUGUGCUUAAAUGAAUUUAGUUCGCGUAAAAUUAAUUCCGAGUACUUUGUGAUUGUUAAUAUAUGGACAACUGCUGCCGGGACGGGUCUCCGCAUCGCCUUCGCUGAGACGCGCCCACCCUCGCCGACGGAGACCGCGGACUCACGGCAUAUGCGGUCGUUCUCCACUACAAACAUAGAAGUCUUGGCCUCAUAGUGGGAUUCGGUCGCGCCAACCAGGCACAUGGGCAGCCCGAUUCAAGGAUGGCACUGCCAGCCCCCACGAGGGGAAGGGCCUAGAAAAGGUGGCCUAAACAUUGCUGGGCACCACGCCGUCUUCAGGCUAGCCAGGGCCGCAGACGUCUAAUCAUGGUCUAGACACUCAAAAUCGAAACAAAAACAAUACCAAUAACAACAACAACCAUACACAUUCUCCUCAUCCUACCUCUUCUACCUCUUCCUCUGCCUAUUCUCUGCUUAUUCUUCUCCUUCGUCAUCUUCUCCACCUCCUUCCCGUCACCCCACUCGUUGUCCCCAGACUGGCAGGGUGAGCCCGCUCACUCUGGCAGCCUGGAAUGUUCGUUCCCUUUUGGACAAUCCGAGGAGCAACCGACCGGAGCGGAGGACGGCUCUAGUUGCACGAGAACUCGCCCGCUACAAGGUGGACAUCGCCGCACUCAGCGAGACCCGAUGCUCCGAACAAGGCCAACUGGAGGAGGUGGGUGCCGGUUACACCUUCUUCUGGAGUGGUCGGCCCAGGCCAGAGCGACGAGACGCGGGCGUUGCCUUCGCCAUCCGGAACGACAUCGUGGGACGACUGCCCAGUCUGCCGCAGGGCAUCAACGAUCGCCUGAUGAGCCUCCGUCUGCCUCUCCGGGGUGGGGGCAAAUUCGUCACCAUCAUCAGCGCCUACGCUCCGACGAUGACCAACCCCGACGCCGUCAGAGACAAAUUCUACGAGGACCUGCACGCCCUCUUGGCGACUGUGUCGAAGGCGGACAAGUUGAUUGUCCUUGGUGACUUCAACGCCCGCGUCGGCACAGACCAUACUGCCUGGAGAGAAGUGCUGGGUCCCCACGGUCUCCGCGGCUCAAACGACAAUGGUCUGCUGCUUCUCCGCACCUGCGCAGAACACCGCCUCAUCCUGAUGAAUACCUUCUUCUGUCUGCCGGAGCGAGAGAAGGCCACCUGGAGGCAUCCUCGGUCGCGCCAAUGGCACCUGCUGGACUAUGUCCUCGUCCGGAGGCGAGAUCUGCGGGACGUGCUGGUGACGAGGGCGAUCGCGGGUGCUGGCGGGUGGACCGACCAUCGCCUCGUCAUCUCGAAGAUGUGUAUUCGCCUACAGCCUCGCAGGAGACCACAAGGUAAGCGACCCCCAGGUAAGCUGAAUGUUGCCUUGUUGUCUUUGCCCGCUCACCAUCUUCAUUUCAGCAAUGAGCUAGCUCAAUGGCUAGACAACCUUCCUAUCGCUGCCGACGCCGCCGCUGGCGAGAAAGCCUCCGUGGAGAACCGCUGGUGUCAACUGCGAGACACGGUCCAGUCGACGGCGCUCGCCGUCCUCGGUCGCGCUCCCCGCCAACACCAGGACUGGUUCGACGACAACGACGCCGCCACCAGAAAUCUGCUUCCUGAGAAGAACUGCCUACACAAAGCCUACGUAGAUCACCCCACUGAUGCCACCAAAGCUGCCAUCUACCGCAGUCGCCGCCAGCUUCAACAACGACUGCGCGAGAUGCAGGUCGCCUGGACUGCUCGCAAAGUUGAGGAGAUCAAAGGCUACGCGGACCGCGACGAAUGGAAGAACUUCUUCUCCGCGAUCAAAGCUGUCUACGGUCCGCCGACGAAGGGCACUGUUUCUCUCCUCAGCGCCGACGGCAACACUAUCCUGACUGAGAAGACGCAAAUCCUACAGCGAUGGGCCGAGCAUUUCCGAGGCGUCCUCAACCGCCCCUCCGUCAUCUCCGACGCCGCCAUCGACCGCCUGCCGCAAGUGGAGACCAACGUGGACCUCGACCUCCCGCCAUCUCUCCAGGAAACCAUCAGGGCCGUGCAGCAGCUCUUCAGCUGGAAAGCACCCGGAUCGGACGCAAUCCCUGCUGAGGUCUACAAGCACGUAGGUCCCUAACUGAUGGAUCACCUGACUGCGCUCUUCCAGGAGAUGUGGCGUCAACGUGAAGUCCCGCAGGAUUUCAAAGACGCUACCAUCGUGCAUAUCUACAAGCGCAAAGGGAAUCGCCAAGUCUGCGACAAUCACCGCGGCAUCUCCCUACUGAAUAUCACCUGGAAGAUCUUCGCCCGCAUCCUUCUCAACCGACUCAAUAACCAUCUGAAACAGGGCCUUCUGCCGGAAAGCCAAUGCGGCUUCCGUCGUCAUCGUGGGACCACGGAUCUGAUCUUCGCCGCCCGUCAACUUCAGGAGAAGUGUCAGUAG